CUGACCAGCCUACGCACCCUGGUGCUGUCCUUCUGCAGGCUACUGCAGCUGCCCAAUGAGUUGUAUUCCCUUCCUUGUCUACAGCACCUGGAUGUCUCUUAUAACCUGCUGACUUUCCUCAGUAGCAGCAUCAGAAACCUCAGGUCUCUGCGCUCUCUGAAUGUGGAGGGGAACCAGCUGCUGGGUCUGCCGGCGGGUGUGUUGCGUCUGUCGCUGGACCAGCUGCGUCUCUCCCUGAACUACACACACCCCGCGCUCUGGAACACACACUCAUCUACACACACACACACACACACUGUUGUGGAACACACAUCUCAGCCCGCAGCGGCUGGAACACACUGCUGCACGCGCACUCACACACCUCAACCAACACACACUACCAACACAGGCACAGCAACUUCUCAGCAGAGGGUGUGUGUGUGAGUGUUGUCGUGGGCCCAAGUUCGGCGAGGGCCUGCGUCUGAUUCGGCCCUGUUCCGAGCUCUUUGGUGUUGCCAUGGUACCGUUGGUGUUCUACGCCUGCAGCCCCUCCUGCCAUAGAACCUUCCAGAACCAAACGGAGAACCUCACUGAGCUACUGUACCAGGAUUGAUAGGCACACACACUCUCACACACUGUCACACACACACACACACACACACACACACACACACACACUCAC